UACUACUUCUGUUUGACCACCUCCAAACUUUAAACCCAACCUCCGUCUCUCUCUUUCCCCCGACUUUCCUUCGACUUUCUCGAGAAAAUCUAGCUCCGAUAAAAAUCUCGGCUUCACUCCACAAAUACUACAUACAUACCUAUACGUACAAAUACUACAUAAAUAAAUAUGGAUCGGAGGAGGCCUGCGAGUCCGGUGUACUCGCGGCAAUGGAGCGGGUCAAGCAGCACGGGGUCAUCGUCGCCGGCUAUGUCUCCGGCGCAUCCGAACUCGCGCCAGUUGACUACUGGAUUCUCCAGCGUCAAGCGCACCCAAAACGCCGCCGCUAGAGUCGCCGCGCAGCGGCUGGCUAAGGUAAUGGCAUCACAGGCCACCGCCGAUGAGGACGAGGACGAGGACGACGAUCUCGGCUUCCGAUUCGGAGCCCCGCCUCCACCUGCACCCUCAUAUCACUCUGCCGCCAGCAGUAAUAGUAAUAAUAGUAGUGCUACUAUUCCUGCGAUUUCGGUUACUCGGCCUAAUCGAUCUCCAUCACCUGCAUUAGGUCGGAACUUUGUAGAGCAUGUUCCUACUGUUCGCUCCACAUCGACUGGAAGACCGUCAAGGUCAGUUCGUUCAACGGCUUUCGUGCCACCCAGCAAAUCGUCACUUAGGACACCGAUGACCAUACCUCCGAUCGAACCUCCUACUAGUAGGAACAGAGAGAAAAGGUAUACACCAGAUAUUGGUCAGCUCAACUUAAAAGAUACAGGAGAUCAGCGUGAGGCUUCUGCCCUUCGCGAUGAGCUUGACAUGCUACAAGAAGAAAAUGAUGUCAUAAUUGAUAAGCUUAGACGCGCUGAAGAAAGACGUGAGGAGGCAGAGGCUAGAGCUAGGGAGCUUGAGAAACAGGUUGCUGCUCUUGGAGAGGGUGUAUCCCUCGAAGCCAAAUUGUUGAGCAGGAAGGAAGCAGCAUUGCGUCAAAGAGAGGCUGCUCUAAAGGCUGCAAAACAAACGAACGAUGGCAGGGAUGACGAAAUAUCAGUUCUUCGUAGAGACGUCGAGAACUUGAAAGAUGAGGCUGCAACAGCUCUGGAACACCUCCAAGAAGCAGAAUCCGAAGCAAAGGCUCUCCGGUCAAUGACACAGAGAAUGGUUUUGACUCAAGAAGAGAUGGAGGAAGUUGUUCUGAAGAGAUGUUGGCUUGCCCGCUAUUGGGGUUUAGCUGUAAAGCAUGGCAUAUGCACAGAUAUAUCACUUUCAAAGCAUGAGCAUUGGUCGUCUUUAGCCCCUCUUCCAUUUGAAGUUGUCAUUUCUGCUGGACAAAAGGCUAAGGAGGAAUCUUGGAAUAGAGGUGGCAAUGAUCCAGACAGGAGCAAGCUUGUCCGGGAUAUAAGUGAUCUCACGGGAGAAGGAAAUAUAGAGAGUAUGCUUUCAGUUGAAAUGGGUUUGAGAGAAUUGGCUUCUCUAAAGGUUGAGGAUGCUGUUGUGCUAGCGCUGGCCCAACAAAGACGUCUGAAUUUGGUUCGGCAGUACAGUCUAGAUUCCAAAUCAACCGGUGAUCCCAAGUUUAUGGAGGCAUUUGAAUUAAGUGAAGAGGAGGCAGAAGAUGUCCUUUUCAAAGAGGCUUGGCUGACUUACUUUUGGAGAAGAGCUAAAGCACAUGGAGUUGAAGAGGAUAUAGCAGAAGAGCGGCUUCAGUUUUGGAUCACCCGUAGCGGGCAGUCACCAACUUCACAUGAUGCAGUGGAUGUGGAACGAGGUUUAUUGGAGCUGAGAAAGCUGGGGAUAGAACAGCAACUUUGGGAAGCAUCUAGGAAGGAAAUCGAUCAGUCUUCUUCUUCUACAGCUGCUAAUCACAAACCCAAUGCAGAUUCAGAGACCUCGUGAAGGAACGCACCUUGAUAAGUGGUCAAUUCUUUUAAAGUAUAUUAUAUUUUUCAUAUUUGUUUUUCUACACAAGGUUUUCAUCCAUCUUGGUAGUAUCCCUCUUAUUGUCUUUUCGCCACGCCUAGUCUCAAAAUCAUACUUGUGUAGUGGUUGAUCACGCGUCUAAGAUUAACUAGAGACAGGAGUGUUACAAGAUGUAGGUGGGGAUUGUAAAACGGGAGAUAUUUCCUUUAUUUUUUCAUCUUUGAUUAUAUUCAAGUUGUGGUUAUACCAAA